UUUUCGGUUGCAUGCAAUACCUCAGCAUCAGCCCGCUCGAGCCCAGGGAGCCCCGGAGCAACGAAGGGCAGGCUCAAGGGGAGGCCCCACCACGUCCUUUUGGGGGGCCUUGAAUGGCAACUGACACAUAAUAAGACACAAUCUAUUCUGCUGAUUCACAAGUAUGGAGACUGUGUAACUGAAGACAGGACGCGGGUGUAAACACAAACCCUGGAAGGAAGACAGGACGGGCCCCGUUUGGCUCUGAUGAAGCCACAAGGUCUGUGUUCGAGUCUGUCACACGGAGGUUAUGAAGCAGUGAGCUGUUAUGCUUGCGUUGGGAUGCAAAGGACAAACGGGCAUCGAUUUGAAGGAAAACACAAAGGGGUAGGAGAGGCAGACGCUUUGCGGUUCCUAUGAUCGGAUGCUGGGGAACCCACUGGUCCAGAGGUCUACACAUGAAGUCACCCUGAAGAGGGUGGCUCGCGCUUCGAAGGACCUCGUGGCCGCGAGGCGAGGCUAAGAUGAGCAUAACCAGUGACGAGGUGAACUUCCUGGUGUACCGGUAUCUGCAGGAGUCAGCCUGGAGACGCAGUGGAGGCAGAGGUACAGCCGAAGCGAAGGAACAGAUCAUCAGUGACACUGUCGUCCGUGUGUCUGGACAUCAGGACGCACAGAGGGUGUGAGAAGCAGGUUUCUCCCACUCGGCGUUCACGUUCGGUAUCGAGAGUCACAUCAGCCAGUCGAACAUCAACGGGACGCUCGUGCCGCCGGCUGCGCUCAUCUCCAUCCUGCAGAAGGGGCUGCAGUAUGUGGAGGCCGAGAUCAGCAUCAACGAGGAUGGCACGGUGUUUGACGGCCGCCCCAUAGAGUCCCUGUCCCUGAUCGACGCGGUGAUGCCCGACGUGGUGCAGACCAGGCAGCAGGCCUUCCGGGAGAAGCUCGCUCAGCAGCAGGCCAGUGCGGCGGCCGCAGCCACGGCGGCAGCGGCGGCCACGGCGGCCACAGCGGCCACGGCAACCCCGGCAGCUGUUUCCCAGCCCAACCCACCAAAGAACGGAGAGGCCACGGUGAACGGGGAGGAGAACGGAGCACAUGCGAUGAAUAACCAUUCGAAACCCAUGGAAAUCGAUGUGGACGUGGAGAUCCCACCCAACAAAGCCACGGUCCUUCGGGGCCACGAGUCCGAGGUGUUCAUCUGUGCCUGGAACCCCGUGAGCGACCUCCUGGCCUCCGGGUCCGGAGACUCGACCGCCCGCAUCUGGAACCUGAACGAGAACAGCAACGGGGCCUCCACGCAGCUCGUGCUGAGACACUGCAUCCGGGAAGGGGGGCACGACGUGCCCAGCAACAAGGACGUCACCUCGCUGGACUGGAACAGCGACGGGACGCUGUUGGCCACCGGUUCCUAUGACGGUUUUGCAAGGAUAUGGACGGAAGACGGUAACCUGGCCAGCACCCUAGGCCAGCACAAGGGCCCCAUCUUCGCGUUGAAGUGGAACAAAAAGGGGAAUUACAUUCUGAGCGCAGGCGUGGACAAGACGACCAUAAUUUGGGAUGCGCACACGGGAGAAGCCAAACAGCAGUUUCCGUUUCAUUCCGCGCCCGCCCUGGACGUGGACUGGCAGAACAACACGACCUUCGCGUCCUGCAGCACAGACAUGUGCAUCCACGUGUGCAGGCUCGGCUGCGACCGCCCCGUCAAAACCUUCCAGGGACACACGAACGAAGUCAACGCCAUCAAGUGGGAUCCUUCGGGGAUGUUGCUAGCGUCCUGCUCGGACGACAUGACGUUAAAGAUCUGGAGCAUGAAGCAGGACACGUGUGUCCAUGACCUGCAGGCUCACAGCAAAGAGAUCUAUACCAUAAAGUGGAGUCCGACCGGGCCGGCCACCAGCAACCCCAACUCCAACAUCAUGCUAGCAAGUGCUUCGUUCGACUCCACGGUCCGCCUGUGGGACGUGGAGCGUGGCGUCUGUAUCCACACGCUCACCAAGCACCAGGAGCCUGUCUACAGCGUCGCUUUCAGCCCCGACGGCAAGUACCUGGCCAGCGGCUCCUUCGACAAGUGUGUGCACAUCUGGAACACUCAGAGUGGGAGCCUCGUCCACAGCUACCGCGGCACGGGCGGCGUGUUCGAGGUGUGCUGGAGCGCCCGGGGAGACAAAGUGGGCGCCAGCGCUUCCGACGGCUCGGUGUGUGUCUUGGAUCUGCGGAAGUAAACCAGUCUGCGGGAGCGGAGAGAGUUCCGACGGACCGGCGUGGGCGUGGGCGUUUUGGCACCCGAGACUCGAUCCUGUGGGCUCCCACCCGUGGCGGCCGGGCUCGUGGGCGUGGACUUGGAAACCAACCCAUCCCCGGCCACGGGAGCCUGUUUUGUCAUAGUCCUCAUCAAAACGUUUCAAACACACACACACAGUCCUAUCAGGGGGGGAACGGUUUCCACCGGGGACAUCAGCUUAGAGAGAGCGGAGCCACCCACCGGACGCUGCGCCGUUGGUCCCCCCAGACAGGCUCCGAGGACUGCGGAGGGAGGGGGACAGCUGCGCCAACACCGAGGAAAAGAGGAAAAUGCCGUGAUAAACCAGAAGGGGUGGAAAAGGUGUCCUCUGCGUGCUGCCUUGCUCCCCAACAGGGCGGUCACCGCGGUUGCCGCGCGAAGGCCGCGCGCAGACCAGUCUGCAGCGAUGAGAUGCGCCACCUCGGGGUCCCGACGCGGUGCGUGUCCUGCGGCCUCCCUUGUGCGGGGGCUGUUCUGCCCACGGCAGUCCUGUCGUGGGGGCGAGGGGGCCGGUUUCCUUUGAUCACCGCCCCUCCCCCUGUUUCCUCCGACCGCGUGUGGGUGUAGAGUCAGCCUCCAGGACACCGAGGACACCGGGCAAAGUCUGCCGCAGUUUGCCGGCCCCGCCCCCUUCCCGCCC